UCGUAGGACGAAACUCGAGUUCUAUUCGGUGUCAAUUGCGCGCGCGUCGGUUGGCUACCUCAAAAUUCGGAUUUCUAAUUCCGUCCAGGGAUUACUACGAGAUUUCUCGGGAAAUUUCUCGCGGUCCCUCCCCGGGGGGAGAACUGGAGCAAUUAGAUCGCGCGUUGGAGGCGCUUUAGUAGAAUUUCCCGUUUUCUUAUCACCAUUUCAAUUAUUCUUUUAUCCCGCUGAUAGAGACCUCGCAUCGGCUCCCAUUUAUACAUAUUUAAUAUAUAUCCGAAUUAUAUAUACAUGUGUGUAUAUAUAUACAUGUAUUUAAUACAUUAAGUCGCGUAGAGUUGGGUUAGGGUGGACGGGGCGAGAGUCGCGGUUUUUAGAGAAAGUCGAUUGUCUUAGAUUUUGGGGGCAGGAGGAAGGAAAAUUGCAGGUUCUUUGGCAGGAGGAGGGAAAUACGUAUUUCUGGGAAGGACCUGUUAGCUGGCCGCCAUUUUGGAACGCGCUUCUUCCUCGACCGGUGUAAACGUCCUUGUCGGUGUAAACAAACCGUUGUAGGUUAACCGUCUCUCGCUCGGAAUUCGAAUCGCCCUCGACGGGCGGAUUAUCGAGGGGAAUCUCUGUGGGAUAUCGAUACUCGAUUUAAAACCGUCAAUCGAAGCUUCUGGGCGGUUAAAAUGAAGCUGGAGAACGCGAGGGACCGCGCCAGGUCGGUGCCCUAUCGGUAUCGGCGUCACAAACGUCGUCCGCUGGUCGGACCCACCGGGUCUCCUUUCUUGGAUGAUCUCGUCCUCCAGACAAAGUCUUGUCGGUGGUUCAGUCGCAGCAAGUCCCUCGAUUCGAGAAAACGAGACGCUCUUCGGGAUGAAGCCAUCAUCUCGAUGUCCGUCGCCGGGAAGGUGACCGACAACUCCAUCAUGGAGGUCGGGAGGUCCAGACCUCAAUUCCAGUACUCGCGGGAGGAACUUAUGGAGAUCAAGAACCAGCCCUUGUCGAAGAGGAGGCCUGAGUGUCUGGACAUCUCGAAUAAUAAGAUCGUUUGCAGGCCCUUGGACAGGAAACCCAGCGACACGCCUCCCGAGGACGAGAGAACGGGACGUGGGGAGCAGGUCGCCGAGAAUCAUGGCAAGCGCAGAAGUGGCGACCCCAGGGAACGGAUCCGCAAGGAACAGGACGGGAUAGUCCUGAGCCCGCAGAGGCGGAGCUUCAAUUCCGGAUGCUUUGUGAACGUUAGCCAGCCACCGGCGAGGCGCCCUGAGAGCCCCAUAGGGAAGCCCGAGGUCUCCCAUCGGGAGCCUGUGCGGCGCAUCGGCAGCGGCCGCAUCCUGGCCCGCAACACCUGGGACUUCCGGGAGAACGAGAAGCUGGAACCGGAGCGACCGGAGUUCACCUUCCGACCCGGAGGUGGACCCUUAAGGGAGCGCGAUUCGAGGGACAACCGGGACUCUGGGAGAGACCGGGACCGCGAGCGAGACGAGCGGAACGACCGCUUCGAGAGGCGCUCCUUCGGCGACCGGGACCGAGACCGGGACCGCGGUAACUCGGAGAGGAACGAGAGGAACGACCGGAACCACCCGGUGGACCGAGAGAAGGACCGCAGGGACCGGAGGUACGGGAACGACCGGCGAAGGACCUUCAGCGAGAACAAGGAGCCCGAAGAGCCCGAGUGGUUCAGCUCGGGGCCGACCUCCCAGCACGACACCAUAGAGCUGCGCGGCUUCGAGGACAUCCCCGAGGAGAAGGUCGUUAAGAUCGGCAGCGCCAAGUCGAAGAAGCAGUCCUCCGCCCAGAAGAAGAGGGGCAAGAAGAAGGAGGAGAAGGAGGAGAAGCAGAGCGAGGUCGCGUCCGGGCCGAAGGGUCGCAGCACCCCGACCGCCAUGGAUCAACCCAUGAAUCCCGUGCCCACGCCCCACUCCCCCAUCUCCGAGAGGAACGAGAGACCCUCUCCGGUGCCCAAGGAGAAGACCGGGCUCAGCCAGAGCGACAGGACCGAGCCUAGCUCCUCCGAUGCCGCCGACAACUCCAGCCUCAACAAGGCCCAGGAGAACAGUCACUCGGACUUCAACCUGGACGACUUCCUCAAGUCCGACACCUUCCCCGGCGUACCCGGACUACUCACGAAUGGUGUUGGAUCCAACGGCAGCUCUGGCUCGAGGUUCAGCCAGUGGUUCAAGAGGGAGAGCCCCGUCCAGCAGGUGGACACUCGCAGGGCCUCCAUCCAGGACGAGCUGUUGAACAACCUGCUUAACGACAUCACCGAGCCGAACAUCCAGAUUCCUUCCGUAACCGAGUCCAACACCUAUUUUGCGCCCAUCUCACCGGCUAACACGACCAACAACGCCACACCCGCGACCGGAGUGAAGCUCUUGGAGAUGCUGCAACGUGGAGGCACUCCCAGCCAGAACGGACAGGGCGACGUGGCCAACAAUGUAGUCCCUCUCAUGAAGAACUCCUCCAUCAAGGAUAUGGAAGUUGGUGGAAAGGUCGUGCACAGUCUGGAGGAAUUGGAGGCUCGCAUGCGAGGUGGCGCCCCCGCGCCGACCGCCGCUGAAACUAGAAGAGUUAACAAGACUGAAGAUCUCUCUGCUUUUAAGAAAUUACUCGCUCAGGUCACUGGUGGUCAAGCCGUUCCUGCAGCUAACGGCCCCAUUCCGCAGAAACCGCAGCCCAUCAUUCUGAUGCAGGUACUUAACAAUCAGCUGAAGACGCAGCAACAGGUGGCCCAGCAACAGCAGCUCGCGGAACAACUGCACGCCUCGACCUUCAACCAUGGCGGACCCCUCGGUCCGGCACAGCAUCCUCAUCAAGCUCAAGUGCAGCACGAAAACCUGAUGAAGGUCUUGCAGAUCCAGCAACAACAGCAAAAGCAGCGGCAGCAGCAGCAGUCCGACAUGCUCUCGUUAAUGCUCGGAAGCCAACGCAUGGUCGGCGUCAGCCCUGUUCCUCCGGAUAUGCAAAUGAUCGUUAAUAAUGCUCCGUCGAGUCGGGAGUUGCUGCAACGGCCCGAAGCCCAGGCCAUCAUUAAAGGCCUGCAACAGGGCGAAAUUACUAAGCAACAUCUCAUUCAACAACUGCAGGUACAGAAUCCGGCAAUUCAGCACCGCCAUAGGGAAGUUCUGGUGAAUAUCCUGAAGCUUUAUGGGGGGACCACACCGCGCACCGUAAGUCCUCAUCCAGUUGCACCCACCCCUCAGGAUCACAUCCUCCAACAGAUGCUGUAUCAACAGCAACAUCAGCAGCAGAGAAUACCGUCACCGAUGAACACUGCUUACUGUCCAGCUCCGAUUAUAUCACCAAAUUUGGCCCCUAGUCCCAACACCUUGACGGUGCAACAUCCAGUGAUGCAACACAGAGUGCCAUCGCCUCGUGAGAUCGUGAUGCACACGCAGUCCAUAAUACAGAACGCGUUGAUAAAGAAGAAGCUGGAGGAGCAGCAGGAGAAUUUCCGGAAGCGGCAGGAGCAACAGCAGCAACAGCAAAGAGUCUCCAGCCCUGUCAUCUCGUCGACGAAGCAAACCCUGAGCCCCACGCCGCUCGCCUUUACCCCGACUUCGGUCUUGCGGAAGAUGACUGCCGAGAAGGAGACCGAGGGCAACAAUGAUCCGACAAAGUUGACUGCUCAGAGUCAGGCGGCUCAGAUGCAACAAAUGCAGUCUACUGUACAAUUGCUAGCGCAGGGGGUCUUGUCUCGGCAUGCAGCUCUUCGACCUCAACCUGUUCAACCCUCUUGGUCGAAUCCUACCAUAAAACAGCAUCCUGGCCGACCGAUAGUCAGGGGUGGUGGAGGGAAUCAGUUCCAUCACAGCAGUAACAUCGAUUUCCAACAGCAACAGCAACAACAGCAGCAACAGAGGGCAACAUCCGGGAUUUAUGGGAACCCUGCGCGCUCUAAACACACGAUGGCCACUCCGUUGCCAAUGUCUAAUGUUCCUCAGUACAAUGUCAACGCCAAUCCCGUGAUCGGCCAGAGAGCGAAUCACAUGAACAACCACAUGAAGUCGCAGCACGUGCAGUCUCAUCUUUCCAUGCAGCAGCAACCGCAACAGCAACAGCAGCCGCGCAGCGUCAAUCCCCAGCUACAGCAGAUUGUCAUGAAUCAGAAUUACAAUUCUGCCCGAACUGAGGGGCGAGCAGUGCAGCCUCAACAGAUGAACAUGGGCGUGGGUCGGCAAGCUUCUCCUGGCCUCGGAUACAUGGGCAGCAACGGUGGCGACCUCUCGCCGACGUCCAACCAACUAGCGCGGUGGUUCAGUCCGGAAUUACUUGCUCAAGCGCGCGCUGGAAAAUUGCCGGACCUCGGCCACAGCAACGUCCUGUCUCUGGAGGACCUAGAGAGGCUUCAGCACGCCUCGACAACGGUUCACAACUAGAGAAGCGCCCCUGGCAGAUAUUCGGGGGCUUGACGAACUAAAUGGACGCGACAACUUCAAGCGGAUUGAAAAGACAUUGCGCAGAGCGAACCGGCGCUUGGACGUUCGUAGGAAUGCUGGCGAAUAGUGGGACAAGCAGGUGUGAGACCAAGAGAGAGACUACCAGGGUCUUGGUCUUGCACUUUUUUGCAAGCUCACUAUUAUCGAUCCUCGAAGGCGAGUAGUGUUUAGCUUUCGAGGGGAUCCGUGUGGCUCGACCCUUGGGGUAAUUACCGCGUCAAUUCUCGAGGAGGAACCUGAUUAAGCUUCGGGGGACCUCGGAAAACUCGUGGCGAAUUUCGUUCUUGGACCUCGGAUCGCUGUAGAAGCGACGCCGGUCGCGCCUCGCGAACGGCGACCUCUGACGGACGCGGCAGAAAGUAAUCGGGAUCGAUCUCGCUUCUGACUUUGUCCUCGGUCGCGAUUGGGCGAAAGAUGGCUCGUAUUGAAACUAGAGAUGUGACGAGUUGGAUGGUUUAAUUCAUUAAACUCGGGUGAAACUUGUAUUCCUACUAACUCGAGUCAUUUUUCUCGUCGCUCGAAGUACCAACCCGUUUGUUUACUCGAGUCGUUUAACUCGCCACUCGUGCGGAAUGUUUGCGAAUUCGGUUUUCCUUCACCGAAUCUUCGACUCCUGUCCAAACUGGAGUUGGCUGUGUUUUCGAAUUCGAGUAACUCGAGUUGAUAAAAGCAUUCGAUUCGUCGCAUCGCUUAGUUUGCCAGUGCGACCAUGUUUGAAUUUCGUACCAGCGCUCGGGAGGUUCCAUCGCUCGCCGGUAGAUGGCAGAGCUCCAGUUUUGAAAUGACGCAGUUUACGGUAAUUUCGAUCGAGCGCUCGUUACUUAUCGGUGAUAUGUUGUCGGCUUCGUAGAAACGCGAGGACGACGUGAUAAUGUCCAAUUUAAGGUGGGAAAGGAGAGGAAACCUGUACUGCCGCGGUUGGAAGACGUAACUGUGCUCUGUGACUCGAUAUUAACGACGUGGUUUACUUUAGCAGUACACGAUAGGGACUGGAGAUAUUUAUCACGAAUCUUAUUCUUCGCUGUGAAGCACGGAGUAAAUUUAAUUUCAAGUAUUUCCCACUGUUAGGCGUCGUUGGGACAGAAAUUGUAUUUAGCUCUCGUCCUCGUGUCACAAGGCACCGAUGUUCUUUUUCGCAUUACCCCGGUGUCCGAUGUUCGAAGUGUCUUUCCUUUUACUUUUCGUAUUGAUUUCUCCGUCAUGGCUGCAACGUUUGUAAUCAAUUACAGAGUCGGUCUCUGGAAUAUCGAAUCGUUCUCUCUUCGCUGUACAGUGAGUCGUGCUAUGGUACUUUAAGUAACUUGCUACGGGAUGUAAUUAAAUGAUGAUUCAACACCGAUACGAAUAUCAUUUUUCGAUUCUUGGUAACAUUUUUCGUUUCAUUGCUUUCAGGGUUUCCCUCGAUUAGUUGGAAUUUAUUAAUUUAACUACAUACCCUCACGUCAGAGACAACGUGAGUUAGCUUUCCAAAUUGUAUUUCUCCUAUUUUGUUUAAAGUAUUGUAAUUAAUACAUGUCCACCUUCGACAGGUCCUCCCGUAUUCCUGGAUUUGUAAAAGUGUUGCCAAAAUUGAGAAAAAGUAUGUAUAUGUAUAUACAUGUUUAUUUGUACCGGUUUGCGGUAUCGUUAAAUAAUGUUUAUGAAUAAUGUUACCGUUGUCCCUCGAAUCGGCAUUACGUGUAUAUCAUAACUGCGUUAAUUGAACUGCAAGAUGUACGAGUUUUACACUUGGGACUUACUGAGCAGAAUACUUUGCAGUCUCCUUUCAAAGACUCGUUCCGAAGAAAGGAUGAAUUUCCACUAGCGACGAUACGAGAGUGACAAAAUCAAGACCCGCUGUACAAUGAGAAUUAAGGAAUUAAAUAUUGAAGAUACAUCCUUGUAGUUGAGAGCGUGCGAAAAUAAUGUGAAAUUUUUCAAUCGGAAGUGAAUAGUACUUAAUUUAAAUCCAUCUACUGACAUGAUUCCACUGUCGUUAUAGCAAUGGAUUUAUGUCAGGAGGCGCGAGAUCAUUGAAAUUCCAAUCUGUAUGGCGAUCCGAUGCUGUGUUUUUGUAUAAAAUCAAUCCUUGGUAAAUGGAAAAAUCAGAGGCGGAGCAAAUUUGGCAGUGGUUUCUAAAUCGUCUACGUAUACCCUGCACCUGUGAAAAGACAAUGUACAUAACUCCUUGAAACUUAUCGCUGAGGAUAAUAUCUCAAAUGCAUGGAAGCGUUUCCUCCGAGACUCGGAAUUGCGAAAAAAAAGUGUUUACUAAAGAUUUGAAGGGAAACGAGUGAAAGAACUGUGCGGUUUCCCGCUCUCGUCAGGGUGACCAGAGCGUAGAGUCGGCGAAAUGUGUCAGUCCUCCAUGUUUCCGAAAAAGUCCCCCAUAACCCGGAGACUCCGCGAAAGUAUUUGUAACCUAGGCCUGGACUCGUUAACGGAUGUACCCCGCUGAAACCGUAGAGGCGUUAAGAGGUUAGGUUCGUCGUUAAGGUCUUGAUGGCGGGUUAGACUCAUAGGCUGUAUCAAUAUCUCUCGUACCAAGCUUAAUAUCUUAAUAUUGGCGAUGCGGAUAGGUCCAGAAUGGCUUAAAAUGCCUUCGACAAUUGCAGCGAUGUAUAUAUACAUACAUGUAUAUCCCUACUCCCAAUAUAUUAUUGGUUAAGGCAUUGCGGCUGUCCUUCGGCGAAGGCUCACUUCUAGCAGAAAGGGUCCCUGCGUGUGGAGCAAGGAGUGUACAAGAUACCUUUAAAAGUAGCGCUUAAAGUUAAGGGAAGGUCUAGUUAAGCGACGAGAGGAACUACCAGGCCGAAAUCGCCGAUCGAGCCUGUUAAAGUUUCCAGCGAGAGGAACGCAACAAGUGCCAAACGGUUAACGCGAGGCCCUUAACCCUAGAUAACCGAGAUGUCCGGGUGUAACGUGUUAUUUAACAUGCUCAAGGAGUUCGUUCGGUGAUUUUUACUAGUGCUCUGUUAUCUAGGGUUAUUAUGGGGAGGAGAGGACGCGAUAAUCGCUCGUUGAACUUCGCGCCGGUCGCACUCGUCGAGGGAAAUCCAAGAUGGCGGCGACGAGGCGUCCUUUUCCGUUCUUCUCCGCCUUUUUUGAGUUUCCUUCGGCCGGGGGGAGUGCGGCGUUUUCCCUUUGGUUUCGUGGAUGUGGGAAGGGAGAGGAUGGGACCGAUCGGAGAAAAUCGCGCCCGCGGGUGUCCAUGCCCUAACGAGUUGCUAGGUUAAGUGAUCCCUGUAAAUAGUGACGACCUGCGAGAAAGGAAAGAGGCGAGAGAGAAAGAGAGAAAGUGCGAACGUGAGAAUGAAACGGCAGAUUUCUUAGUGCAUAUACGGAAGCGACGGGUUGUAAAUAAAGUUACCGAACGUAACGCUAUGUCAGAUUGAUAAUCUUGUCAGGAAUAAACGCGAGGGGAUAUUAACACCCUUGGAGGUCCGACUUUACGAUAGCAAGCCCUUCUCGGUAGGCGAGUUCUCCGGUGGCUUUUGUUAUUACGAAGUAAUAGAAGUAUGCCAUGUUAAUUGGCGUAUUUGGGAGGACAUUAUCGUGAAUAAACGUUCAUUGAAGUAA